UUUCAUGAAUUCUCAAUAGCAUUUUAAUGGAUGUAAGAAUAUUACAUUUUUUAUAAUUAGGGCCAUACUUCAAUUUGUCACGCUUUAUUUUAUCGAAUACAAUAACUCGUAACAAUGUCUAAUAACGCGGAAAUCACUGGUCCUGUGUCACAAGAAGACAUAGAGGCUGCGGAAAAAUUGAAAAAUGAAGCCAAUGAAUUUUUUAAAAAACAGAACUACAACUCUGCUAUUGAAUUAUAUACGAAAGCAAUAGAGAAGAACUCGAAAAAUGCGGUUUUUUUCGCAAAUAGGAGUAUAGCGAAUCUGCGAUUGGAAAACUUUGGGUAUGCCUUGAGCGACGCGUCGAAAGCGAUAGAGUUGGAUAGGGCUUAUACUAAGGCCUAUUACAGACGGGCGGCGGCUCAUAUGUUUCUAGGAAAAUAUAAACUAGCACUUAAGGAUUUUGAAUAUGUAACCAAAGUUAGGCCAAAUGAUCAAGAUGCAAAGGUAAAAUUUAAUGAAUGCAACAAAAUUGUAAAAAAAAUUGCAUUCGAAAAAGCCAUCUCUGUGGAUAAGAAAGAAGUCAAUUUAGCAGACUCCAUUAAUUUAGAUGUUAUGACCAUUGAAGACGAGUAUGAGGGACCAUCCCUGGAGGAUGGUAAAGUAACUUUGAAGUUUGUUACUGAACUCAUGGAACAUUAUAAACAACAAAAGAAACUACACAAGAAAUAUGCUUAUAAGAUCUUAAUCGACGUUAAAGCGUAUUUACAAAAACAGUGUUCUCUCGUUGACAUCAAAGUGCCAGAUGAUGAGAAGUUCACAGUCUGUGGAGAUAUUCACGGACAGUUCUACGACCUGAUGAACAUAUUCCAAUUGAACGGACUGCCGUCAGAGAAGAACCCGUACCUGUUUAACGGUGACUUCGUAGACCGAGGCUCAUUCAGUGUAGAAUGUAUAUUCACAUUGUUUAGUUUCAAGCUACUAUUUCCUAACCACUUUUUUAUGUCAAGAGGUAACCACGAAACGUUGGACAUGAACCGCGCUUACGGCUUCCGAGGCGAAGUGACUUCCAAGUACACCGCUCAUAUGGCGGACCUCUUCACGGAGGUCUACAACUGGCUACCUCUAGCGCAUUGUAUAAAUAAUAAAGUGUUGGUGAUGCAUGGUGGACUGUUCUCCAAGGAUGACGUCACGCUGGACGAUAUCAGAAAAGUGAACAGAAAUACGCAACCUCCUGAAGAUGGCAUAAUGUGUGAAUUACUAUGGUCCGACCCACAACCGAUGCUGGGGCGGUCGCCGUCGAAGCGCGGCGUGGGUUGCCAGUUCGGACCAGACGUAACCGAGAGGUUCUUGCAACACAACGGCUUGGAGUACGUGAUCCGCAGUCACGAAGUCAAGAAUGACGGCUACGAGGUGGCACAUGACGGCAAGUGUAUCACCGUGUUCUCUGCGCCUAAUUACUGUGAUACAAUGGGUAACCUUGGUGCUUUUAUCACAAUGACUGGCAAAGAUCUUACACCUAAAUUCACAUCCUACGAAGCAGUGCCACAUCCUGAUGUCAAGCCAAUGGCAUAUGCGAACUCAUUCUUCAAUUUCCUAUGUCAAUGAUCGAACAAAUUUACACUUAUCCAUAUCUUUAAUGAAAAAGGUAUGAAGUAAUACAUUUCACGAAUACUUGUAAGGAAAAUAUACAAUUUUAUACCCACAGGAUUUGUAAUGUAAUAGUUUCACCACUCGCUUACUGCCACAGUGUCGUUUGCAGUUACUACUUGCGAUCUCGAGCUAUUGUGCUGCCAUCUAUAUAAAAUACUAGUGUUUAAUUAUUGAAAGUUUCAUCCAUUAGCGUCACAUUCGAUUUUGUAUAUCCGUUCUGUAAGGGUAUACAAAAUUGAUACAGCAUAGAUACUUCAAAUUAUACGCGGUCGAAGGUACGAGCGGGAACGAGAGGUAUACCAGCGAAAUCUCUAUAAUCUUCUAAAAGAUUUUGCCCUAUCUAGAACUGCAGUAAGUUCUAUAUUAGAACUUGUAUCUAAAACUGCACUAGUAGGCUCCUACCAAAUUCUGGACAGGGAGAGAUACGAGCAGUGAAGGUGAGUGUUGACGUAUGUCGUCAAGGGGCCCCUUAAACCUACGCCCGGGUCACAAGUCCCGGGAACCGCUCGGAGUUUCUCUCACUGCCACACGAUGGACCCGGCUACUGCACGGAAAUCCAUAAAGCCAUGGAAUGAUAA